CUGUUUACUGAAAAGAUCCGCCUACCUACCCUCGUCGAAACGACUUCGCUGGAUACACUGGGUAGUUUAGAUUUUUACACGUUUUUAUUUGCUUCACCUGGACAUUUUAAUCAUAACUUCAUUUUCCUGCUGAAAGAAUAAAUAAAAACCGUCAGAAUGGGCGAAUUAUUUGAUGUACAGCGACAGAACUUUUGGACUGAAUCUAUCCACAAAGAAGCAUAUACACGACUGGCAUGGCAUGAGAAGUACAGCAAGGAGUUUGCCCGUGAGUCUCGGGAGGGAGGGCAGGCAGCGCUCGCUAGGAGGAAGCGGCCUGAUAUGGUGCCAAAGGUGAAACUCAUCCCUGUUCAGUCUUUGAAAACCAAGAAAGCAGCAGCAAAGAUCGACGCUUCCAAAGCACAGGAAAGUUCAAAGAAGGAAUUUGAAACACUUGCUGGCAAAGAUCCUAAUGCACUAUUGGUUGAAAUGAGGCCAGUUACCGCUGAUGUUCGUGAGCAAUUGUUCCAGGGAUUCAGCAAAGAAGGAACAGGACGCUAUGCAUAUCUUCAGAUGCGAAAAUUGAAGAAACCAGAGAUGAAGUAUGAGGUUCCACUCACCAGUUCAUGGGAAUAUGGAUGGAGGUUGAAUGAUGUUGUGAAAGAAUUCCGUGCACCCACGUACGGCCGUUCUCGAAUCGUAAAAGACACCUUUUUCCGUACAAAUGGAAUAUUGUAGUCAGUGAUGAUAUACACCCUAGAUCUAGAUCAGACAAUUCAUAAUCUAAUGUUUAAGCCUACCAAAUAUGGUUAACUAGUUGCAGAUCAGAUUUUUUCGGCCUAGAAACAAUAAAAAACAAAAUAACUGCAUCAAAGAAAACAGAGAUUGGUCUUGAAAAAAGAAAAAAGCCUGUCAUGUCUUCGAUUCUUACAGGAAAAUGAGUGAAAUCAAGCAAACUACAGAGCCAGAGGGUUGAUUCAUGUGAUCUGAUUGAGUGAUUCAACAAGAUUUCAAUGCAACAUGCAAUAUGAUGUCCUGGAUUUCAUUCCUUUUCUGUUCUGAAAUGAUAUACUCUACUGUCUUUGUUGGACUAUAUCUACAUUACAAAGGGCUGCAUCGAAAUGUUGAGAGACAUGCAUAAAUAUUUUUUUGUUAUUUCAGCAGAAUGAUACUUUGAAUCUAUUUCAAUUUUAUCAAGGACUGGAUGCAAGGGGGGGGGGUGGUUCAGAUAGUCAAGAUUGAUAGAAAUACUGAUGAAUUAAAAAUAUGUUUAUUUAAUCAUAUGCCAAAUUUCAUACUCGUAUGUUGAAGGCAGAGAAAGUGUCAUACAUGUCAUUCUUCCAUUCAUCCAAAUGCCCACUUUCUUAUAUCAGUGCUAAAUUUAUAUAUGUGAAUUGUAUAUUUUUUCAUAAUUGAAACAGUAUUCCUGAAAUUUCACAAAUCUAUGCAUUCCUUUUCAUUAUCUGUGAUUUGUUUUUGUUCAAAUUUGUAGAGUGUGAAAUAAUUAUCUUGAGAAAUAGGACAUUGCUCCAACAUGUUUACAACAUAAUAUUGACCCGAAUGUUUAUGUUUAAGACAAAAAUCUUAUUUGAAAGGAAACCAUGCAAUAUGUAUCUUGAAUUGAAUAAAGAUCAUUGAUGCAGUUAGACAUUUAUACCGCUACAUGAAUCUAUUUUACAAUUUGAAAGUUUAACAGGGUCAUAAUAUAUUGGUAUGCAAUGAAUAUAGGCCUGUCAUAAAUUAAUGAGUAAAAUGGUAAAGAUUGUUGAGGAUACAGUUAAUGUAAUGAUUUGUUACAGAUGUUAAACAGAAAUUCCUUGACCAGCACUCUUUUGUUGUCAUAGAGCAAGUAAGAGGAAAAUGUGUUAUAUUCAAUCCUAUCCAGGUGCAUAUUUUUCAUUCAUUGCUGCACAGAUAUUUGUUGAUUUUUUCUGUAGUUAUAUGUAUUCAGAAUCCUUUCCCCCUUGAACAUGCUGAUUUACAAGAGAUACCAACUCGGGUGAUGGGAUAUCUGCUGUUCUAAAUAUUCUUUUCAAGUCCUUUAUCUGAGACUUGUAUGUAUGUGAUGUUUGUUCAUUUGGAACAAAUACAUGUAGGUGUGGAACAAACUAUUGGAUUUUCACCUGUAUAUCUUUGAACUAUAAUUGUGAAUUCAAAUUACAUUUGCUUAUUCCUCACUGGAGUAUGCAAUAAAAAUUA